UUAUUUGGAUAUAUGUAUUAGAAAUAAUGUCUACUCACAAUGAAACAAAUGAAGAAAUGUAUUCAGUCCAUGCAACGUCGGUGAUGGCUUCAAGCUCACUUAACUGCACCAGUGUCAUGCUUCGAAAUCAUUUCAUAGUGGCUGUAAAUGUGGAUAAAAUCGCUCAGAUAUCAAUUGGCUUAUAUUAUGCAUUAUUGAUUCUUGUUGAAUCAUCAUUAUUUUUCCUCCUUCUAACAGUUCAUUUCAAAAUUCGAAGAGGAAGUCAUCCUUUUUUUGGUCUUUUAUUCGGGUGUGUUCUGCUCUGUUACAUCAUUUGCGGAGUUGCUGAAGCAGUUUGUCAGUUUUUGUUCCUGUUUGGUGGCUCUUCGGACACUUUGAGCGUGGUUUAUCUUAUCUAUGAUCUGGCAUAUGCUGCCACUACGGCGUUGGUGUUUUGCUGUUUAAUUGAAAGAACAAUUGCAACAUUAUGGGCGGUCUCUUAUGAAACUGUCCGUACUUGGUGGCUCUUUUUAAUUUCAGUCUGCCUAUCUGUAACUGGAUAUAUCUACUUUGCUUCCUUUAGGUGCAGAGGUUGUAUUGUGUCAGCAGUUGUCACGAUCAUAAUUAUCGGGGGCUGCAUAGCUUUAUAUUUUUUGAAUCGAAAAUGGACAAUUCUCUAUCAAAAAGAUAUAUCAUUUAUGGGAAAAGUUUCGCUGUCUAUGCGAUAUCAAAUUAUAGAGAAUAUGAUAAGUGUACGAAAAGCAUUGCUUCCAGUGAUAAUAUUGGAUAGUCUAGUGACAUUAGUUGAUGCAUUGAGCAGUAAAGUUACAACAAAAAUAGAAGAACAAAGUAAUGCAAUGUGCUACUCUAUGACAAACUACAUUCCAUAUAUCUUGCUCAAUCAUCUUGCGAUGGUUUUUGAGUACAGUAUUCCACUGUAUAUGUUGUUUAGAAAAGCAUAUAGCAAAAAACUCCCAAAUGUCUGCCACCGUAUUCGGCCGAUUGCCCGAAUUCAACAAUCUCGUGAAAGUAUGAUCCAGAACGUUUUUGGCAAAGAGCUCAACGUGGUGCCAACGCAGGCCGAAUAUUUUGCAAAGUUACAAAACGAAUGGAAAUGAAUAAAUACGACGCGAAAUUGGAGAUUUUUUCCCAGUGCUGCCUAAUGAAGAAGAUCCUACAGAAUUAUCAUUUUUUUUCUCCAUUUAAAAUUUGAUAUAUUCUAUAAGAUAUAAAUUU